AUGCUAACUACUUUGUUCCUUUCUGCCCUGGCCUGCAGCUAUUCGGUACAAGCCCAUGGAACCAUCACAAGAGUUAUUGGUGCCAACGGCGUCGUUAUGCCUGGACUGACUAUACGCGACGGAACCCCUCGAUCAUCUACCUCUGCUGCUUCUGGGGCGCAGGCAGAUACCAGCGUCAUCCGCGACCCGGAACUUGGUACCAAGAAGGCUUCGGCCCUUGGUCGCACCAGCGAAGGUCCAGUCGAUACUACUCAUGUUAUCAAAAUAUUUAUGCAUGGUCUCAAGGGCCGAUCUGUUGCUGAUGAUAUCCUCGGGGGUGGAGAGGAAGCCGUGAGAGAGGCCGCGUCCUUUGUGACUGGCAACGCCGGUGCUGUCAUAAAUGGCGUACAAGACGGAAUUGAAAGCUCCCCAAUUGAAGCUGAGCACACCGCCAAUGGCCUUUUAGAUGAGUUCUUCCAAGGUGCAAAGGGAGUUCCAUCUCCUCGUGGAUACAUUGAAGACGGUCUAGAUAAAUUCGCUGGGGCGGGUGCUAAGACUGGGUUGCCAACCACUGGAACUGACGGAACUCUCAAGCUCAUCUAUCAUCAGGUCAACGAGGACGGGGCUGGCCCCCUGAUGGUAGACGUUGACUUCACUUCGGGAGGCACUGAUCCAUCAGCGUUCAAAUCCGUUGAAGUGGUUCAGAAUAUCAUUGGCGUAGUGGGAUUUUCAACCGUGAGCUCGACUGAUUUCCCGGUCAUUGUUAAAGUGCCUACCGGUAAAGUUUGUUCUGGAAAGGUAGCCGGCAUGUCUGGUGUUUGCAUCGCGAGGGUGCGAAAUAGUGCUACUGCCGGCCCCUUUGGCGGAGCUGCCGCCUUUACGCAUCCUCCCAUGAGUUCUGCAGGAAAGAAGCCCAGUGCAAAGUUUCGUCACCGUCAUAUCUAG